AUCACUACCACAAUCCACUCCCACUUCAAACCACAACACACACACAUACAAACAGCCAUCAUGACCUCCUCUCUCGACCAGCUCAAGGCCACUGGCACCACUGUCGUCUGCGACUCUGGUGACUUUGCGACCAUUGGCAAGUACAAGCCUCAAGAUGCCACCACCAACCCCUCGUUGAUCCUCGCCGCGUCUAAGAAGCCCGAGUAUGCGAAGCUCAUUGACGAGGCUGUUGCAUACGGAAAGAAGCACGGCAAGAGCAUUGAUGAACAGGUCGAUGCCACGUUGGACAACCUCCUCGUGCAAUUCGGCAAGGAGAUCCUCAACAUUGUGCCUGGCAAGGUCUCCACAGAGGUUGAUGCGAGAUUCUCUUUCGACAAGAAGGCCUCCGUUGACAAGGCUCUACACCUGAUUGAACUGUACAAAGCCGAGGGCAUUGACAAAUCGCGUGUACUGAUCAAGCUCGCGUCGACAUGGGAGGGUAUCCAGGCCGCCCACGAGCUUCAGAGCAAGCACGGCAUCAACUGCAACCUCACUCUCAUGUUCUCUCUACCCCAGGCGAUUGCCGCUGCUGAAGCCGGUGCUUUCCUCAUCUCGCCCUUCGUCGGCCGUAUCCUCGACUGGUACAAGGCCAACACCAAGCAAGAGUACACUCCAGAGAAUGACCCCGGUGUCAAGUCGGUGCAACAAAUCUUCAACUACUACAAGAAGUUCGGCUACAAGACCAUUGUCAUGGGAGCCUCUUUCCGCAGCGUUGGUGAGGUCACUGAGCUUGCUGGCUGUGAUUACCUCACCAUUGCACCCAACCUCUUGGAGCAGCUCUACAACAGCACCGACGCAGUCCCCAAGAAGUUGGAGUCUGAGUCGGCUGCAUCGCUGAACAUUGAGAAGAAGAGCUACCUGGCGAACGAGGGUGACUUCCGCUUCGACUUCAACGAGGACACCAUGGCCGUGCACAAGCUCUCCGAGGGCAUCAGCAAGUUCGCCGCAGACGCUGUCACCCUGAAGGACAUUCUCAAGCAAAAGAUCAACGCAUAGGUGGGAAUGGGAGGAGGAGAUGACGGGCGUUUUUUCGUGAAAAAGGGUGAAUCGACAUACGACACCUAGAUGCAUUAACGAUUUGAAGAUGCUUGUCCAUAGCGUUUGAAUGAAACCAUACCCAAGACGUAAUCUUC